AUGCCCCAGACCCUUCAGGGCACCCCCAAACCGCCACGAGCUCCUCCCCGCGCCCUCAGAGCCCCGGAGAGCCCUGGACCCACGCGCGCCUCCGUGGCCGCUCCGACCGCACCUCACGGGCCGGAGGGACCCCGAGCCCCACUCCGGGAUCCCCAAAGGGCCCCGGAGCCCCCCGAACCGCCCGGGUCCCCCCCGGGCACCUCCGAGCCCCCCGGGGCCCUCACCCGCCGCUCUAGGGGCGCUCCGGGCACGAUCCGCGCACAGCUGGCCUCCGCCGUCGCUUCCGCCCGAACUUUGGUCCUGCGCCUGUACCGACCAAUCGGUGCCCGCUGCCGUAUCACGUGGCUCCUCCACAACGUUCACAACUUCCGGUGGCGGCUGCGGGGUCCGGCCAGGAUUCCCCGGGACCCCCCAAACCCCGCCCAGAGCCACCCCCCCGGUGACCUCCCCGGGCCCGCCAUGUCCCUGAUCGAGUUCCGACGGGGCCGGGACCAGGCCGGCCGCUGGAAGGACGGGCGGCUGCAGGAGGAGCCGCCCCCGCCGCCCCCCGAACCCUCCCCGGGCGGCCCCGACCCCGGGGCGGACGCGCGGAGCUUCUACGAGAGCCUGAUCGCCGAGGGGAGCGGCGCGGAGCCCGCCCGGAGCCCCCGCAAAGGAGAGGUGGAGGAGCCGCCCAGCCCCCAGGCUCCCUCCCACUUCUGCCACAGCUGCGGGACCUCGUUCCGGGACCCUCCCGCGCGGCACCGCCGUUCCACGGCGCACCUGCUGGGGCUGGGGGCUCUGCCCGCGCCCCCCGAGCCGCUGCACAUCCCCCCGUCCAACCCGGGCUACCGCCUGCUGCUGCGGGCCGGCUGGCGCGGCGGGGGCCUGGGCCGGGGCGGCCGCGGGCGGCGGGUGCCGGUGCCCACCGAGCUCAGGAGGGACCGGGCCGGGCUGGGCUGGGGGCCGGGACCGCCGGCCCGCGUCACGCACUUCGGCCCGGGGGACGCGGCGGCCGUGGCGGGGGCCGGGGGAGGCAAAGGGGGGCGCGGGGAGGGGUCCCUGUCCCGCUCCCGCUCCGAGGCGGCGGAGCGGGCCUGGGAGAUCCGACUGAGGGAGUACAUGGAGCGCUGGGACCCCCCCGAGCCCCCGCCCCGAGCGAGCCGGGGCCCCCCCGAGCCAUCCUGAGCCCCACUUCAUCCCCCCAACCCCCGGCCCCCCUCCCCACAGUCCCCACCCCCAGAGGUCCCCGUGGAGGAAUUCGGGGUGGAACGCUGCGUUUCCGCUCCCACGGGGGCGACAAAACAGCCUGGCGCUACUUCCGCCCUCACUGGACUGCACUUCCGGCCGCCCGUGAGGCGACUUCCGCCACGGGAACCCGCUUGGACCGCGAUAUUGCAAAGCCGGAGCCGGUCGGGGCGUGGGACCCUAAAGAAGGCCGAGAGAACCCCGAGAACGGCCGAAGUUCGUCCCAGGAGUCCCCCAGCUCUGAAGAGAUCCUCGAAAUGGGUCUGGGGGCUCUGAAGAAAGCUUCCACUGUGUCGAGCGAGCUCUGAAGAGGACAAAAGACCCCCCCAAAAAAAAACCUGGGACUUUGGGGCUGGGAUCCCACAAACUGGGACUUGAAGGGCAAUAAAAAAGGGAGGGGGGUCUGGACCCUCCCCAGGCUGAGAUCUGUGAGGACAGAUCCCCCCCACCCCGGGCUUGGGGACAAAUAAAAGUGGGAGCAUCCCUGCCUUCCCCCCCCCAGCGA